GGCUGCCACUGUCUCAUUUGGUCUCUUUUCCGGUCACCUCAGCUAGCGGCCAUACUGCACGAUGAAAGCUAAAGGAGAGUUGGGUGAAUAUGAAGUCAUCGGAAGGAAACUUCCUACCGAGAAGGAGAAAACAACUCCCUUGUACAAAAUGAGAAUUUUUGCUCCUGAUGCGAUCGUUGCAAAGUCAAGAUUUUGGUAUUUCUUGAGACACAUCAAAAAGUUUAAGAAAUCUACGGGAGAAAUUGUUUCAAUUAAACCGAUCCCGGAACCAACACCAACCAAGAUCAAGAACUUUGGAAUUUGGUUGAGAUACGACUCCAGGUCAGGAACCCACAACAUGUACCGCGAGUACCGCGACAUGUCAGUGAGCGGAGCGGUCACUCAGUGCUACCGUGACAUGGGAGCACGUCACCGAGCACGAGCCCACUCGAUCCAAAUUAUCAAGGUCGAAAUCGUCAAAGCUGCUAACUGUCGUCGUCCCCAAGUCAAGCAGUUCCACGACUCCAAGAUCAGAUUCCCACUGCCCAAGAGAAUUCACCACAAAAAUCGUAUGCCACUUUUCAGUGUACGCAAACCACGUACCUUCUUCCUUUAAAUAUUUGUAUGCUACGAUAUUGUGUAUUCUUUAAUAUAAAUCUUUGGGAAAAAUACAACAUUUAAAAUAUA